AUGUUGUUGGGUCUUGUGCCUUUUAUCCUCGCCGCUUUGGCUGGGUCUUCGUCGGCUCAGACGGUGACUUAUCAAGCUGAGUCUGCGGCCUUGACUGGUGUUACUGUUGGAACUACUGUUACUGGAUUUACCGGUACCGGAUACGUCGAAGGUUUCGAUACCAGCGGUGACGAGAUCAAGUUUACCGUCACCAGCACUGCACAGGGUCUUUACGAUCUCAAGAUCAUCUACAAUGGUCCAUAUGGCGAUAAAUACACAACUGUCGUCUUGAACGGAGCCGGUGGAGGACAAGUCUUCCUCCCCGCGACCACCAGCUGGGUCACCGUCCCCGCCGGACAGGUUCUUUUGAACGCCGGAUCGAACACCAUUCAGAUCCAGAACAACUGGGGAUGGUAUCUCAUUGACGCCAUCACACUUACCCCAUCCACCCCAAGGGGACCCCAUCAGAUCAGCACUACCCCAGUUAACCCAGCUGCCAACUCUGAUGCCAAGGCAUUGCUUAAGUUCCUCGGCAGCAUCUACGGCAAGAAGAUCCUCUCCGGUCAGCAAGACCAAGCUUCCCUCGAUUGGGUUACCAGCAAUGUCGGAAAGACACCAGCGAUCCUUGGUCUCGAUUUGAUGGAUUACACCGAUUCGCGUACCUCGCGUGGUGCAGUCAGCACUGAUGUCGAUAAGGCUAUUGCCUUCGCUGCCCGUGGUGGUAUUGUUACUUUCUGCUGGCAUUGGGGUGCCCCCGUUGGUCUUUAUGAUACUCCCGAGCAGAGGUGGUGGUCCGGUUUCUAUACCGCUGCUACUGACUUCAAUGUCGCCACUGCUCUCGCGGAUACGACUAAUGCCAAUUAUACACUCAUCCUUCACGAUAUCGAUACCAUUGCUGUUCAGUUGAAGAAACUUGAGGCGGCUGGUGUUCCAGUUCUCUGGAGGCCUUUGCACGAGGCUGAGGGUAAGUGGUUCUGGUGGGGAGCUCAGGGACCAGAGGCUUGCAAGAAGUUGUGGAAUUUGGUCUACAGCCGUCUUACCACCCACCACGGAAUUAAGAAUUUGAUCUGGAUUUGGAACUCUGUUGCUGAGGAUUGGUAUCCUGGUGAUGCUACGAUCGAUAUUGUCAGCGCUGAUACUUAUACUCAGGGUGACCACGGCCCAAUCUCCGCCACCUAUAACUCCCUCCUCGGCCUCGUCAACGACAAGAAGAUCAUUGCCGCCACCGAAAUCGGCUCCAUCAUGGACCCCGUCCAACUCCAACUCUACCAAGCCGACUGGGUCUACUUCUGCAUCUGGAGCGGUGACUUCAUCUCCGGCGGCCAAUGGAAUUCCCUCGACCUCCUCAAGUCUGUCUUCAACCACGACUACGUUCUCAACCUCGACAGAAUCCAAGGAUGGAAGAACCCAACCACCACCAGCACCACCACUACCACCAGCGUUCGCCCAACUACCACUAGCAGCAGCAGCAGGACUACUACCCCUGUUGUUACUACUACCAGCAGCAGGACUACUACUUCUUCGUCUAGGACUACUACUCCUAGCACCACUACUACCACUGCUGUUAGGACCUCGACUACUACUACUAGAUCUACUACCGCCAGCGCUACUCCUACUGCUGUCGCUUCGCGAUGGGGACAGUGCGGUGGUAUUGGGUUCACUGGACCAACUGUUUGCGAGUCGCCAUAUACUUGCACUGUUUUGAACCCAUACUACUACCAGUGCUUGUAA